UGCACAGAUGGCCGUGUCAUCUGUAAAAGGAUGUGUCUCAAUGGCACAUGAGGGGAACUCAUUUUUCCAAAAUGCAGAAUUAAGAUGGGACAGCAGGAGCCUGAAGCAAGGCAUAAAGUACCAGAAAGCUCACCGGGGAAUGCACAGCCUUCAGGUUAACGUUGGCCUGGACAGAGUCUCUCCAGCUCCCUGUCCCUCACACACACUACUGGCCAAAGUUCAAACCAACCUCAAGGACCGGUUAGAGCACAUUGUGCUGCUGGGCCUCUGUCCUCUACAGCCUACUCUGUCGUGGUCAGGAUCCCACAGAGUGAACUCAGGCGAGGAGCUGCUUUACACUCAGUCCCAGCUGGCAGUGACAGGGCGACCGUACCACUGCAGCUUCACCCUCGCCCUUACCAACUCCUCCACUCUUCACGGGACCAACAUGUCUCUGUUCUCUGAGUCUAGGAUGGGUAAUUGUAGUGUGGAAGUGAGGGGAAGUGCCCUGUCUCAAAUCAAGGGGUCAGGUCUCCAGGUACAGGCCAGACUGGACGGCAGAGAGAAGAUCUGGCUGAACGGUACAGUCGAGGGACGAUGCCUGCAGACUACAGCCGGUCAUAUGAAUGGUCUAGGCCUCAGUGAGGAUCUCACUGUAGCGGUAUGUGUGGGUGUAAACCACAGUUUGACGCUUCAUGUGCAGAAAAGAAGCGGCAGUGGCACAUCUGAAACUCUGGGCAGAGUGUUUCUGGGAACAGCCAAUCAGACGCUAAUGCUGAGAGCAAGUGGCUGUUUGGAGAGUCUGACUGCAGCAGAGCAACGGGCGGACUAUUUGAGCUCUCAGAUACAGAUUAAACUUACGGAGAGAAUCAGGGCUUUGCAGCGUCUCCUCGUAGACUUUAGAAGACAGUCCAGAGACAGUCAGCUGCUGCAGGAGUUGAGCGCUCUGCCUCUCCAUGUUUCACAGCAAGCAGAGGCUCUGCUGGGGAAGAAAGAAAAAGGCGUGCUGGCUCUGUGGCAGAGGAGCCCGCUGCGUCACUUCUUGACCGACAGCCUGCCACGCUUUCUGAGUCUGCUGCAGCACGCCUCGCUGCUGGGUCAGCAGGAACUUAGGAGGCCGCUUGCCACUCUGGCAGGUGUGUACCAGGAUGUGAAGGGCCAGAGGCUGGAGGCGAUGUGGAGGGAGGCUGUUCUGCAGUGGAAUGACAAGCUGGUGGAGGUCCAUCCUGCUCUGCUGGAGAACCCUCAGCUCAGACUGCUGUCAGAGGCCGGUGUCACCACGCUCAGCAUCGCUCUGGAUGUGGCAGGCCAGCAUGCCUACCACUGGAUUGAGGGCAGGCUGGCGAUGGCUCUGUCUGGAGUCAGAAAACGGCUUGCAUCAGUCUACAAAUUCUUCCCCAGUGAAUGUUCAGUGAUUGUGUCGGUGCCGCUGCCACAGCUGCCCCGGUCAAAGACGGCCAAUGCUGGGCUGAUGGAGAUCCUCCUGGAGGAGUGGAUCCUGAGACCUCUGCUGACCCUCGCCGCUGUCAGACCCACUGCCGAACUCUACCGCCUCAAAAGGAAGAUCAUGGACAGCCCCUUCACACACCAAGCUCUGUUGGUGGCAGAUCAGUUCGUAGUGACGUUUGACGGUCACUUGUACGAGCUGCCAGGUUCGUGUCCACUGCUCCUGGCCCGAGACGUCGGCCGCGAUCCGUCGUUCACGCUGCUGCUCGGCACAGACGCGCAGAAGCUCCUCCUGAUACAAAUGAAUAACCACACCAUCAGCGUUCAGCGCAACGGGCAGGUGAGGACCGACUGCAGCGGCGCCGUCAGCCACACGUUUCUCACUGAUGAUGGAGUGACAGUCAGGAAAGCAUCAAACGUGGUGCAGGUGUCCAGUCAGCGUGGGAUGUUUGUGUCAUGUGACCUGUCGCUUGAAUUGUGCAGCUUCACUCUGGAUGGAUGGUUACAUGGUGUCUCCACCGGUCUGUUUGGGACCAACGAUAACGACGCAGGAAAUGAUUUUCCUAUGUUUGACGGAUCUCAGGCUAAAAACUUGGAGGAUUUUCUCUACACCUGGCAGAUGAAACCUACAUGCAUCGAACCUUCUGCGACAGCAGCCGUCAGUCCAGCGAGCUGUGACGCUUUGUUCUCUUCUCCCGAUUCUCCCCUCAGCUCUUGUUUCAGGGUGGUGGAUCCCAGUCAGUUCAUGUCUGUGUGUAAACUCAGCUCAUCGAGAGCACCCUGCAGAUUAGCAUUUGCUUUCGCUCACCUCUGCCAGCAGAACUACAUACCCAUGGAGGUCCCCGUUCACUGCAUGAAAGUGUAAAGGAAGGACAAGCUAAUGAAGAGCAAAAAUGGCCAGUUUCUGACCUCUGUGAGCUGCUAUAACGGACAGCUUUACUCUUUAUACCACUGUUUGUGCCAUAUUGCCUUCGUACUUUUAUGUUGUACUCCACUGUGUAGUCACACAUUCUUGUACCUCCUGUGACGCUUUUGUCCUGUUUAGACGUGCGUUGAUUAUCCCAUUAAUGUGAAUGUAAACACAUUCACUGUAGCAAGUAAUAAAAACAUUUUUUUUAAA